AUGGCUACGUCUAAGAGAACCAAGGCGAAAGCUGCCAAGGCCAAAGCCGCGGAAGCAGCCGAAACAGCCAGGGCGAACGCCUACGAGGCCGCGAUGGCAGCUGACGCGGAUGCUGUACAAGCUGCCAAGAUUGCCAAGAGGAAGGCCAGAGAGGCCAAAAAAGCUGCCACGACAGACAGCGCGAAAGCCAAAGAGGCAGAAGCCGCCGCCAAGACAGCCAAAUUCAUGGCUGAAGAAGCCGCCAAGGCGAAGGAAGCCGUGGAAGAGAUGAGUCGUCUGGAGGACAAGGAAACGGAGUGGGCGCUGUGUGAGGAGGAGCUGUUCGCCUCCAGGUUCCGCCGUUUCUGGAACAAAUUCUACGCCUGCCGCGGCAUCACCUUCCUUCAAACCACAUCUAUUCCUUCCAUGCGCUAUACGUACCCUGCUUCUCAUGACACGCCCGAUGCCAUGGCUACUCUACAGAUCAAGUCAGUCAAAAUCACAUCAAUCAAAGAGUGUUUACACUGGCCAUUGCAAGUGUUUGGUAUCGUUGCUGCACGUGAUAUCCUGGAUAACAAGCGCAACAUUAUUUUUGACCGUCCAAGAAAUAGCUGCCAGACCAUCACUCGGGAGGAUCCAUAUCUUGCAUUGACUGGCCCCAGUCGAGCUAUUGCGGUGUCAAUAGACCCUUCCUACAUUGAGAUUUCCCUGAAAGUCAAGGGCACUACAAAAGCUGAGGAUAAAGAUCUGAGCGAUCUUGUUGUGACUUACAGAAGUGGAUAUUGCCUAACUGGUGUUUACCCUAGCAGGCUCAGCACGCUGAAAUUUGAAUCCGGCCACAUUGGUUUCUCUGUGGAGGCCACAAUCUGUAUAAAACUCACUGGUGGGUCAUGGCCAAUUGGUUUCCGAAGUGUAUUCACUGCUGGCACCUCUGCUGAUGGCGACCUCAUCAAAUUACUUGAUACCGGACACGACGGGUUGCCCGCCGAUGCCAAUGGUGUGAUCAAGCUUUCGCGUCGCGUGGUUUCUGUUGGACUUGAGAACUUUCUGAAGGUUUAUCUCAUGGCAAUUUCAAUUAAUGGGAAACUAGUUGUUGAGAAUAGUGAGGCUACUUUUAAGCCUGAGAGGGCUGGCAUUAGCCUAAUCAAGCUUAGUCUUGGCUGCUGUAGUAUGGAAGUUACCGUUGCUUGGUCUUGUUUCUGUUAUGGGUGA